GAUCAUCUUUUUCAUGGAAUCGCACUCAACCGCCAUCGCGAACGCCGACGCUGCUGCUGCUGCUGCUGCUGCUGCGGACACCGAGGUCGUCGACGUCGUGGUGGUCGGCGGCGGCAUCAGCGGUCUCACUGCUGCGUGGCACGUACUGAGCCUCACUGCGACGCCCGAUUCGCCCUCUGCCAACGCCACCGCGACACUCGCCGCCGCCGCCGCCGCUGCGCCUGCGUCCACUCUGAGUGGUGGUGCUGCUCCGUCAUCCUCUGCACCGAGCUCGGCGUCGGAUGCUGCCGGAUCGUCAACCUCGUCAACCUCGUCAAUCUCGCCCUCUGCUUCUGCUUCUGCUUCUGCUUCUUCUGCUUCGGGCUCAACGAUCGUCCCAAUCGCAGCCCCAGCGUCCGUGCUCGUGCUUGAGGCCAACUCGCGCGUCGGCGGCCGCACAUUCACUGCCGUCCUGCCUCCCUUCGCUGAAUCUGCUGCUGCUUCCUCAACCGAUCACUCCUCAACCGCUACCGCUACUGGCGCUUCGACAGUCGUCUCGUCGUGGACACACGUCGGCGAUGGCCCUGCAGCCGCAAACAUUCCCAACCCAAGUCCCUUGAUGCGCGAUCUUGCUGCGGCGCGGACCACGGUGCCGUCGUUUGCCGCUGCCGCCAAGCAAUCCGAGCUCGGCCUGUACAUUGACCUGGGCGGCCAGUGGAUUGGGCCGACGCAGAGGGCCAUCUGCCAUCUGGUCGACCUGCUGGGACUCAAGAAGCACGAGCAGUACCAUGCUGGUCGCAAGGUGCUCGAUCUCAGCGGAGUGCGAUCGACGUACUCGGCUGACAUUCCCGUCGGCGUUGGGCUCUUUGGGCUGCUGGACGCACAACUCGCCCUGUGGCGCCUGGAUCGCAUGGUUGCGCAGGUGCCCCUGGACAACCCGCUCAACUGCCCCAAUGCAAAGCGCUGGGACAGCGAGACGGUCGCGUCCGUGGUCGAGCGCAUCACCUACCUCGAGUCGACGCGUCGCAUGUUGCGCAUGCUCACGCAGGUCGUGUUUGGCACCGAGCCGAGUGAAAUCACCCUCCUCAACUUUCUGUGGUAUGCUCGCUGUGCCGGCGGCAUCGACACGCUGCUCAAGAUUGAGCACGGCCUUCAGCAAUGGACGGUCGUUGGCGGCACGCAGCAAAUCUCGGAAGCGCUGAUGGCCAAAGUCAGCUCGGACUUUGGUUCUCGCGGACGCGUGCAGACCUCCUCGCGAGUGGUGGGCAUUGAGCAAGAUGUCGCGAACGGCUCGAUCGUGGUGCGUUAUGUCCAGCAACGCGGCGCCGGCAAGGCGCAGCAGGCGCGCCAAGUCCGCGCGCGUCGCGUCAUUGUUGCCACGCCGCCCGCCGUGGCGAAUCGCAUGCUGUUUGAGCCUCCAUUGCCGCAAACACGCCAGUGGCUCAUGCAGCGGAGCUUUAUUGGCUCGCAGACCAAAUUCAUCGCCUUCUUCCAGACUCGGUUUUGGCUCAACGACGGGCUUUCCGGCGAGGCCUUGUCUGAUUCGCUCUGUGUGUGCUUUGACGACUCGCUGCCGCGUUCGGAUGGGACCCUGCAGCCCGCGCUCGUCGUCUUUGCAGGUGGCGAUCUGGCUCGCCAAUGGUCGUUGCUGACUGCACAAGAGCGCUCCGACCGCGUGGUGGCUCGCUUGCGUCGCUGGUUUGGCUCGCGUGUUGACACUGAGCUGCACGGCGUUAUUGAAAAGGAGUGGGGCUCAGAUCCUUUCGCGAUCGGCUGUCCUGCUGGACUUUGGUCGACGGGCUCGCUCUGGUCGGCCGGUGCCACUCUUCGUGAGCCGUGCGGCCGCAUUCACUGGGCUGGCACAGAGACGGCCCACGAGCUGCAAGGCUUUAUGGAUGGCGCAGUGCGUGCUGGUCUCCGUGCCGCGGACGAGGUGGUUGGCGCAUUGGCCGGCGUGGAGCGCUCGCGCACAGCCCUGUCCGCCAUUGCCGGAGCUCGCGUCAACAACGCCUACGACCUGCGUCAGCUGCGGAGCGAAACGCGCAUUGACAGCGAUGGCGCUCGGUCGGGUUCCACUUGGUUUAGCUGGGGCGCGACGCUGUUGGUGGCUGGUGCCUUGGUUGCUGGCGGCGUUCGUCUUGCUCGUGCGCACGGCUUGUCUGUCAUGUCGUGCCAUUGAUUGCGGCCCAAAAGCGGCGCCCCCCCCCCCUUUUUGGGUGUGUCCAUUGUUUGAUGUGGCAAUGUUUUGUUUUUCAUAGCAAUAUAGUAG